AUGACCACCCCAACCGCCAAAUACGCCUCCCUCUCCUUCCCCCUCCCCCACAUCCUCCUCGUCACCCUCAACCGGCCCCGCGACCUCAACUGCAUCAACACGGAGGGCCACGCCGAACUCGACGCCAUUUGGGGCUGGAUGGACGCCAACCCGGCCUUACGGGUGGGCGUGCUCACCGGCAGCGGGAAGGCGUUUUGCGCUGGCGCCGAUCUGAAAGAAUGGCUCGCAACCACCACCACCACCACGACGACCACCACCACCCAAUCCCAAACCCAGUCCCAACCCACCAAGCCCACCAACCCACUAGUCCCCCCCACCGGCUUCGGGGGGUUAUCCCGGCGCACGGGCAAGAAGCCCAUCAUCCUGGCGGUCAACGGGCUCUGCCUCGGGGGCGGGUGCGAGAUGGCCGUGAACGCGGACCUGGUGAUCGCGUCGGAGCGGGCCUACUUUGGCUUUCCGGAGGUGGCGCGCGGGGUGGUGGCGUGGGCGGGCGCCUUGCCGCGGCUGGUGCGCACGGUGGGCCGCCAGCGCGCGAUGGAGAUGGUGCUCACGGGCCGGAAGGUGAGCGCCGCCGAGGCGCUGCGGUGGGGGUUCGUGAACGAGGUCGUGCCCAUCGACGCGGAGGGGGAGCCCGAGCGGGAUGUGGUGCACCGCGCCUUGGAGGUCGCGGGGCGCAUUGCGGCCAAUAGUCCCGACGCGGUGGUGGUGAGCCGCGCCGGGGUGAAUCGCGGGUGGGAGCGGGAGGGGGCCGAUGAGGCGACGGGCAAGCUGAUGGAGGAGUGGAUGGAGAAGUUGAACGCGGGGGAGAAUAUCAAGGAGGGGCUGAGGGCCUUUGUGGAGAAGAGGCAUCCCAAGUGGGUGGAUAGCUUCCGGAUUCCAGAUCCGUGA